CCACUAUCAUUUCUAAAUUGUAGACUCUGGGAAGUUAUGUUUUGUAAUUAACGUUUGUAUAUUUACUUAAUAAAUUGUGAAGUACAAACAGAAGUUAGGGAAUUUAUUUUAUUUAAACAUAGAAGGCCGAAAUUUGGUUUUUAGAGAGUAGAAAGGUAGUUUGAAAAACAAUCAUGUCUUUUUUGUCUGAAAACAAAGAUGUGGCAUGUUAUUUUGUUACAAAGCAUUCAUGGAAGGGCAAGUAUAAAAGAAUAUUUUCUGUUGGAACACUAGGGAUAAGCACUUAUAACCCAGGUACCAUGGAAAUUACUAACCAGUGGCCCUAUGCUGAGUUUGUCAGCAUUGCACCUAACCUAAAAGGGCAAACAAGCAAUGAAUUUAUCAUCACUAUGAAGAGGGGAAAGAAAAAUGAUACCAUGAAGUUUUCUUCUGAUCAUCGUGCUGACAUACUAACAGAAGCAUUAAGGUUUCGACAUUGUUUUGCGGAAGCAGCUUCAGGUGUAAAUAAAUAUAACUGUACAAAACUUCACUGGUCUGACAAAAGAGUUCCUGUAGUUCUAGAAGUCAAUCAGGGCUCUCUCAACCAAUUAGAUAGAAGCACAGCAAAAGUAAUAGCUUCAUAUGAUUAUAAGGAUAUAGAAGGACUAGCUCCUGUUUCUGGUGGAUUUGUUGUAACACAUGGAGGUUUUGGUAGGAUGCAUACGUUUUUCACAGAUAAGCGAGAAGAGCUUCUUAAGAAGAUUGUUGAUCAUGGUUGGUGUUACAUUGGAAUUAACAUAAAGAUUACCAAAGAAUUAGUCAAUCUUGACAGCUUAGAUGAUUGCAAAUUUGGGAGCUACAGUACAGAUGAGGCUAUUACUUCCUUAUGUGAAUUUCCAGUUCAUAAGAUCUCACCAAGACACUCAGAUUCUGUCAAAAGAAUACUUGGUCUAACAGAAAGUUGUCUAAUUGAGAGAGAUCCACUAACAUAUUCCAUUACUACCCUCAAACCUUUAUCAGAGAUAUUUGCAAUAGUAAGGUGUUCAGAAAACCCACAAAUGUUCUUAGUUGAAUAUGUGAAAGGUCAAGUUCGAACAUACACAUCAACUGAUAGAGAUGCUCUGUUGGCUUCCCUGCUGGAUGGGGUCAGGGCAUCAGGUAACCAAAGUGUCCAUGUUAAAAUGAUACCAACUGAUCGUGGUCAAAGGCUUGGUCCAUUCACUGUUCCUGUUGAUGAAGAAGUUGAAAGCUGGCAUGUCAAAUUUCUUCAAUAUCCGCCAAGUGGCUGGGAUUUUGCAGAAUGUGUAUUUAGGUUUAAUAACAAUGUACCAUACAGUGGACUCUUACACAGUGUUACACAAGAUGGAUUAUUUGCAGAGAAAAAGGAAAAACUGAUACAAGGAGCUUUAAUUGCUCUUUUGGAAAAAGGAGGAGACCAAAAUGUUAUAGAUAACUGUGUUCUUGAAGCCCAGUUUCAAGGUCUUAGAAGGCUGGUGGCUUCAAAGAUUGGGUUUGCAACUUUUACUUUGCUACCAAGGGUUCGUGAACAGCUUGGAAUGAAGGUUGUUAAAGCACUGAAACGCAAUAUGGAUGGAGUCACUCAUGCUGCUGUAGAUAUGAUCUGUGCACUUAUGCAGCCUAUGCACGAAGACUAUGACUUGCGACAGGAGCAGCUGAACAAAACAUCACUUCUCUCAUCAAAGAAGUUCAUGGAAAGUUUAUUAGACAUGUUUGUCCAACAUGUAGUGAGUCGCACACUGUUUCGCCUUUUUCAGCAUCCGUCCAUUGCUAUACUAAAGGGAGCAGGGCUGGUGAUGAAGGCUAUCAUUGAGGAAGGGGAUGGUGAAAUAGCUGCAAAGAUGCAAGAUUUAGCUUUAGCUGAAGGUGCUCUCCCACGUCAUCUCCAUAUUGCCCUUUUCAAACAGAGCUCUGAUAGCAGGCUUUUGGCUGUACAGCAGUUGUCUCGUCAUCUGGUAGCUUUGUGGGUAACAGGAAAUCCAAUAGCUAUGGGCCUGUUGCGUCGAAUUGUGCCACCAGGUCUGCUUUCAUAUCUUGAUUCAACAGAUCCUGCCCCCAAACCCUCGAUAGAUCACAUCAAUGUACGGGAUAACUUGAAACUUGCUCAGGAUCAUUCAGCCAAAACCAAGAGAAGAACACCACCAUCAUUGCAGGUGGUAGAAAAACAUGUGGAAAUGUUUCUUCAGCAUUGGAGAUCUAGAAUAGGCCUUGAAAAGGAGGAAAAACUCCAACAGCGUCCUAUUGUAUUACGGAAAAGAAGGGAAAGGAUCAAAACCGAAGCUAACUGGGCUAUGUUUUAUUACCAGUUCAACCAGGAUCAUAGUCGGCCAGAUCUCAUAUGGAACUACAAGACUAGAGAAGAGCUUCGUAAUGCAUUGGAUAAUGAGAUGAGAGCAUUCAACAUGGAUAGGGAUUUGAGUAGAACAGCAGUAAUUUCAUGGAACCAUGCCGAGUUUGAGGUCAGGUACUCUACUGAGUUAGAAGAGAUCAAAAUUGGUGAAUAUUAUCUGCGACUACUUCUUGAAGAGGAUGAAAAUGACACCACUGGUAGCUCAUAUAUCAAGAAAUCAUAUGAGUUUUUUAAUGACCUCUACCACCGUUUUCUAUUAAACUCCAAAGUUUCCAUGCGAGCCAUGUGCCUUCAAGCUAUGUCCAUUGUGUAUGGACGUCACCACGAAGAUAUUGGACCUUUCAAUGACACUCGGUACAUUAUAGAUAAAUUGAAGAAGUGUACAGACAAACUGGAAAGGGACCGUCUUGUCAUCUUCAUAAGCAGACUGAUUCUGAACAGAAGAAAUGUUAAAGAUGUAUUGGAUUCUGAUGGCAUCAAAGUGCUCGUUGAGCUACUCACCUUAGCACAUCUUCACACAUCCCGAGCAACUGUUCCCACACAGACAAAUGUAAUUGAAGCUUCCCCUGACAUGAUGAUGGAUACUGAGAAAGAAUGGUACUAUGGAAAUGUGGAAAAGGAAAGACGUGGCCCCUACAGUUUUAAAGAGAUGAAAGAACUGUGGAAGGAAGGAAUUUUAGAUGCCAAGACUCGCUGCUGGGCACAAGGAAUGGAUGGGUGGAGACCAUUGUUAAACAUUCCCCAGCUCAAAUGGUGCCUUCUAGCUACAGGACAUGCUCUCAUGAAUGAAAGUGAAUUAGCUAAUCAGAUUCUUAGACUAUUGAUCCAGAUUUGUGAGUAUUUUCCAAGCAGAGAUGGAGAUGGUGCCAUUGUCCGUCCUCUUCCAAGAGUGAAGAGAUUGCUCUCUGAUGCGGCUUGUUUGCCUCACAUUGUACAGCUUUUGCUGACUUUUGACCCAAUACUCGUAGAGAAAGUAGCAGUGUUGCUCUCUCUGGUCAUGCAAGAUAACCCAGGAAUGUCUCGGCUGUACCUAACAGGCUUCUUCUAUUUUAUCCUUAUGUACACAGGAUCAAACCUACUACCCAUUGGUCAGCUUCUACAGGCAACUCAUGCUAGUCAAACCUUUCGCUCAGAAGAGAACCAAUCAUCUAGUAUCAUGCAGAGAAGUAUACUUGGCCAACUCUUGCCUGAGGCCAUGGUUUGCUAUUUAGAAAACCAUGGAGCAGAAAAAUUUGCUCAGAUUUUCUUAGGAGAAUUUGACACCCCUGAAGCUAUAUGGAACAGUGAAAUGAGACGACUUAUGAUUGAAAAGAUUGCUACCCACAUAGCAGAAUUCAGCCCUCGUCUUCGUUCCAACACCAAAGCCUUGUACCAGUAUUGUUCCAUCCCAGUGAUCCAAUAUCCUCAGUUAGAAAACGAGCUCUUCUGUAAUAUUUACUACUUGCGACACUUAUGUGACACUCGUCGUUUUCCAGACUGGCCAAUUAAAGAUCCGGUGAAAUUGCUGAAGGAUGUUCUUGAUGCUUGGAAACAAGAGGUUGAGAAAAAACCACCAACUCUUUCCAUUGAAGAUGCAUAUAAAGCAUUGAGACUGAAACAUGGGGAAGGGUAUGAUGAAAGCACAAUUAGAAAAGCAUACUUCAGACUAGCACAGAAAUAUCACCCUGACAAAAAUCCUGAAGGAAGGGAAAUCUUUGAAGAGGUGAACAAGGCAUACGAGUUCCUGUGCAGUAAAUCAUCUCGCCAAACAGAAGGUCCAAAUCCAGCAGACAUUAUACUGAUAUUGAACACUCAAAGCAUACUGUUCAGUCGCUACAAAGAUGAGCUCCACCCAUACAAGUAUGCAGGAUACCCUAUGUUGAUUAAGACAAUUCGAAUGGAAACAGAAGAUGAACAUCUGUUCUCCAAAACAAAGAGUCUUUUGGCUGCUGCCACAGAAACAGCCUAUCAUACUGUCAACUGCUCAGCAUUAAAUGCAGAGGAACUAAGACGAGAAGGGGGCUUGGAAUUACUGCGAGAUGCCUUCUCAAGGUGUGUGGGAGUAUUGAGCCAUUCUUCCAAGCCUGAUGACCUUCAAGUACAGGUGUGCUCACACAUUGCUUCUUGCUUUGCUGUUGCUGCCAAGUUUCCAGACUGUCGUCAACGUAUCUCAGAGAUGCCAGACAUGAUAAAGGACUUGUGUCGAAUACUCAUCCUAAAGCACCUUCCUCAUCUUUGUUCAGUUGUUGUCAGCUGUGUUAGUGCCUUUGCUAUUGAUAGUGUAUUGCAGACUCACUUAUUCCAAAGUGGAGUGCUGUUCCACAUGUUGCUGUUUCUCUUUGAUUAUGACUACACUCUUGAGGAAGGAGGAGUCGAAUGUUCUCGAGAAACAAACAGACAGGAGAUAGCCAAUCAGCUAGCAAUAAGAAGUAUUGAAGCAUGCUGCUGUCUGGGUGGUUAUAUGAAAGAUGAAAAAGCUACUCCAGAAAAUCCAGCAGUCCAAAUAGCUCUUCGUUCACUGUUGACUCCCUAUUUAAGCAGGAAGUUAAGCACUAUGACAUCUAGUGAGAUCUUGAAAAUACUGAACAGCAACACUGAAAAUCCUUAUUUGAUCUGGAAUAAUGCUACUAGAGCAGAACUGACUGAGUAUCUUAGGAAUCAACAAAAAAUUAAAAUCCGCACCGGUGAUUGUGACCCUUCCUUUGGAGCAGAAUUUGUUUUUACAGUUCAUUCAGAAGAGCUCGUCAUUGGUGACAUCUUUGUCCGAGUUUACAAUGAACAACCUACUUUUCCCUUGGAGAAUCCAAAGGGUUUCACCCUGGACCUCCUUGAUCACCUGGGUGCUCAAGCUCAAUAUCUUUACUCUUUAAUGGCACUGACGACUUCCAAUAGCACUCUUAAUCAAAAAGCUUCCCUCCAGAGGUUAAAAAAUGUGGAAACCGCUCUUGAGGCUCUAAGAAAUGUAAUAAGAAAUAAUUCUGGUGUUGAAAUCCAAUGUAUUGGUCACUUCAAGCUGCUUUUUAGUUUACUUAGGUUAGAUGGAUGUGCUCAAGUCCAGGCUCUAGCCAUUGAUGUGAUAGCCAGUGUUACUGGAAACCAAGAAUGUGUAAAUGAUAUAGCAGCAGCAGAAGUUCUAGUCUACCUUUUACUUGUUCUUCAUUCUUUAAGCAACUCUUCCAGUCGCAUUACGGUUCUUGAGACUCUUCUUCCUUUGAUGUCCAAUAGUAAGUUAGUCAAAGAAGCUAUGACCAAAGGAGCUGUAAUAUAUCUGUUAAAUCUCUUCUGUAACUCUACAAAUCCUCAAAUCCGUGAACAAACUGCUGAGCUCCUUGGAAAGAUGACUUCAGAUAAACUUGUAGGACCAAAGCUACGUAUCACCCUGAACAAAUUUUUACCUCAGUUGUUCCUAGAUGCAACCAAAGAUUCACCUGAAGCUGCUGUCAUGAUGUUUGAAGGUGUCCAAGAAAACCCAGAACUCAUUUGGAAUGAUGAGUCCCGUGAACGUUUAUGUUAUGAAGUACAAAGGAUGGCAGAAGAGCACUACAAGAUACAGAAGGAUAAUCCCACAACGGUGUGGAAGGUUCCUGAAGAGUUCAGCUUAUGUUCUCAAGAGUUGCAUGGUGAAGUUAUUAUAUCAGGAGUCUACUUGAGGUUGUUUAUACAGAACCCAGGCUGGGUGCUACGACGGCCUCGAGACUUUUUUACAGAGCUCCUGGACAAGACCUUACAGUUGAUGUCCAAGUCUAAUCCAGAUGGGGAACUUCUAGAAAUGGUCACAACAGCUCUGGUAAGUCUGCUACAAGCCCAACCAACUCUUCUAGACCAAGUCCCUGCUCUAGGCCACAUUCCUCGUCUUCUAAAGACAGUUGACGCACAAGAUGAUGCUAUACCAAAGUCGUGUUUACUUAUUCUUCAUCAACUAGCAAACAGUGAAGCUUGUAUUAGACUCCUUGGUCAGACAGACUGUAUAUUAUCAAUGAUAAAGGCUAUGAAAAGGAGGAAGGACAUGGUGGGAGUGGCAUGUGAAGCACUAAACAGCAUGUUCCAACACAAUAACCAAGAUCUUGUACAACAGAUUUCAGCUGUGCUAGAAAAAUCAACCAUUUGGUCUGAAUACAGAGACCAAAAACAUGACUUGUUCAUCACUUCUACAACUAUAUCUGGAUAUCUCCCACCCACAGCUAGUGUUGCUGGUUAUCUUACCCAGGGUACAUCACGAGUUAUUCCAUCAGCACCACCACCUUUAGAAGAGACAUAGCAUAAUUUAACUAAAUUAUCAUCAAUAGUUGGCUGAGCAACAAUAGAAAUUUUCUACAUCUCCAUAGAACACUAGUGAUGGAAACGAGGGAUUAUGAUCAACUGUCACUGGCUGCUACUGCCAGAUGCUCUCUCAAUAAUGGCAGUAUGUACGAGUAAUAUAUAUAUGUAAUAUCAAUGAUUGAAGAGUCUAAAAUAAUAACUUUGUAUAUUAUAUGUUAAUUACAUGCUGGUUAUUAAAUAUUCAGGCUUUUUUAAAAUUUGUUUUCCUCUAAUUAAGGCACUGAAGGGUCUCUUUGAGUGCUUUUUUUUUCUACCCCCGUGAAAUGCUUAGCUUUGUUUGUUUUCAGCUAUGUUGUAUCUUAACUUUAGGAUGAUUAUAUAUAAAAAAGAUGUUUUUUUUUCUGAGAACAGAAUGGCUGUUUAACAUCAGUGUGAUAUGCACCUGUAAAGUUUUGAAAUUGUUAGACAAUAAUAAACUAACAGUUACUGAAUUUAAAGACACUUUGACAGAAUGAUAUCCACUUUCUGUUAUGAGGUUGCAUUAUGUAGAAAACCACUAGAUGAAAAAAAUUGUAUUGGUUGAUAUUUUCAGUAUUUUUGUUUUUUAGUUGUUUCCAGUAAAAAGAUUUUAUGUUAUCAUCUUGUUUGAUUCAAAAUAUUUCAUUUUUUCUGUAAAAUAUAUUUGAAUUUUUAAUAUUUUCAUGCAGUAUGUCAAAAAAAAAAAGGUUUUGUUAAAUAUCAUUUGCAAAUGAUUUAAUGCUAUCAGUAUGUAAAUAUACAUGUCCAGCUGUCUUGCUUGAUGUUCUCUUGUUUAAAAUAGGUGUUGGGGAAUGUGCAAAGUUAAGAUACCAAUAGAUAUAUUUGUUUAAUGCCAGUGCACUGUACAAAUUUUCUGUUGAUGAUAUUGUAUAUUUAGUAGAAAUAAUUGUCAUUAUAUUCAGCAAAAAAAUAAACACACAAACUAGAUGUAAAAGAAAUAAUAGUUAUGAUCUUUGCUUUCUUUGAACUCUGUUUUACAUAAUCUUGACAGAUGUCUGAAAACUUUAUUUUUUCAGUUUUACCUUUUAGUCUGCUACUCUGAUGGGAUGCCAGAUAAAAAUCUCCAAAGUUAGAUUUCUUUACUAAAUAUCAGUUUUUUUUUAUAGAAAUUUAAGGUAAUUAAUAAAAACAUUUUGAAAUAUAACUCAGGAACCUAUUCACUCUGUGCCUUAAUUAGAGAAUGUGAUAAUGUAUACAUUACAAUACAUUCCAAAUUUAUGGUACACCUAUUAUGAGUUUGGUCUUUUUCUUUUAUAUACUUUGUUUUAUCAUAGUGGUUGAGUUUGAAGAAAAGGUUACCAACUAUGUGCUUCCAUCUCUAAGGGUUAGUUUUGAGAAGUCACUUAUUAAUAUUUUAGUUCAAGAGCUUAUUAACUUAGUUUUGUUGAAGCCUAUGAAUAUUAAGUUGUGGAAAAUAACCUUUAUUCUAAGAAUUUUUGACUGGAUCAGAAAAUUGUUUUACUUUGGAUAUGCUGCAAACUUUCAUUGAAAAGUGAUCGUGUUUUACAAAAAUGUCAACUUUUUAGAAGUUUAUCCAGGGUAAAGUGUUGACUGCAAAAAAGUUUCUAAGAGACCAUUCAGAGCACGGGUUUUAUCUAGGCCGUGUUGCUCAGAUAAUACAUACAAAUUGAAAAAGUCAUCUUUUAAGAUUUAUAUCUUUUCUAUGGCAUCAUGUAUGAUGAUGUAUUGUUUGAAGUGGGAACAACUGGCUGAGAUAGCAGAAAGUUAGUUGCAAGAAUAACUGUACAGUAUUCUUAAUAUAUAGUUUAUCAGUAAGUUGAUUUAUCAAGGGGAUGCCAUUUGUAUAAAGCAAGUGUAUGAAGACAUUAAAAUAUUAUUUUUUCGCCAAUU